AUGGCCGAUCAAAGAGUAUAUUCUAGUCAAGAAUAUGAUAAUGAUAUUGAAAAAUAUAUGAAAGAAGUUAAAGAUCAUCCAAAACGCUUCACUCUAGUUAGUAAACAAAUGGGUAACCGAAUUAGUUCAAAAAAAAUUCGUCAACGUUGGAUAAAUAAGCUCAAUCCAAGUCUUUGUCACGAUCCUCUUGAUGAAGAAGAAAAAUCAUUCAUCAACAAAUGGGUUGAAAAUUACAAAAGUCAGAAUCCAUCUGCUGACAAAAUCCCUUGGAGUAAAUUAAUUCUAGUUAUGAAAGAAGAGUUCGGCAAAUUACGCUCCGAAAACAAAGUAAAGAAUUAUUGGCACCCUCAACAAAGGCAAAGAGAAAGAAAUACAAGUCAAGGUCCUUUCGGAAUUAAUCACGAUACUCAAUCUAACAAUAGUCAAGAUCUUUUCGGAAUUAUUCACGAUAGAUCUAACAAUGAUCAAGGAUCUUCCGAAAUUAAAAAAGAUCCUAGAAUGGAAAUUUCGCAUUUGAUAAAUUAA